AUGAAAAAGGAGUCAGUGUCGGUUGACGACGAACUGAAGGUGAGCGUCGAUGAUGAGAAGAAAGAAUCAAAUGAUGCCGCUAAAAAGCCGAGUGAUGAAGAGGAUGUUAAAGUUGGUAGGCUGUUUAUGUUUUCGGGAAAAAAUUUUUAAAUGGGGGUGGAUUUUCAAAAACUUUUUGUUUUUUUACAGUGUAUGAUAAAUGUUACAUCUUUUUAUAAUAAAUGCUACAGUAAUGUUAUUAAUUUUACAGUAGGAGUAAGUUGUUCAGUUGAAAACGGAGUCUUUUCUUGCACGACAGAUGCUGAUAAGGGAUUCAACGUGACUAAUCGUCUUCGUGAUGUAUUCAAGUUCGAAAUGGAUAAAGAGCUCUUUCAAGUCAUUGAUCUUACUGUAGAUGUGGAAAAGGUAAGCUAUAUGUUGGCUUUUGGUAUAGGAAGUGGGAAAAUGGCAAAAACUUCUAAAAAUGGCAAAAACUUUAUUUACAGAAAAAUUGCAAAAACUUUCUUUCCAAAAACAAAAAUGACAAAAACUUUGUUUACAAUGUAAUAAUUUAAGUUACAACUUCGUCUGACCGGUAAAGGACUAGUGUUAACUACUGAACCUCCAAAUGGCAUCAAAUUCGCAGAUCUUAUAGUGCAGAUGGAGCAAGAAGCUGUGGAUAGUCGAAGCGAGUUUACUCGAAUGCUCAAAACGUACAUGAAACAACAAAAGAAACAGGUAUAGUACUGUAUUUUUAUUAUAGUAAAGCAGGUACUUUUUAGUAUAGUAUAGCACGUCACAGUACAAGUACUAUGCAGUUUCAGUGCUAUACAGUAUGUUACAAGUACUACUCAGUACUAGUGCUAUACAUUGCAAGUACUGUAACAUAAUAUUAUAUUUCAGUAUUUGAAAAUAUAGUAUAGUACUAUAUAGUAUAACAGUACUGUACAAUAUAGUAUGACAUACUUAUUAUUUCAGGUCAAGAUGCGUGUAGUCCGACUGGUAUUCCAAUUACCGGUCGAUCCGAAACGCAUGCCUAUGGGCUACGAUUCUCCACGAGGAUUCACGUACCUGACUGGAGUAAUGUAUCGUUUCCCCGUGCUGAAAAUGUCAUUGUCUAUCAAGUCGUACAUGAGCAAGAUCUUUGUUUGCGAAGCACCUGAGGGCACAGCGGCUGGGUUAAGUCUACAACAAGGUGAUGCUGUACUGGAUGUAAAUGAAGUUCUGGUGGCUACGGUGGGCGAAACGAAAAAGAAAAUUAUGGACAGUAUAUACAAUAAGGGUUACGGUAGGUUUUUAUAAUGAAGUUGUAGGGUAGGAUACGGUAGGAUUGAUAACAUUAGGUUAAGGUAGGGUUGGAAAUGGAAGAUGGAAGUGUAUGGUAGGGUAAGGUAGGGUAGGGUUAUGUCACGGUGGUGUAAGUAAAAUACGGCUCCCACGUUUCAUUUUCAAUUAUCAUAUUUGUCAUACUGUAUUUUCAGUCACUAUGCUAAUAGAACGGCCGAACGACGACGCAGCAUUUCAAUUUUGUCGUAUGGUCUUGAAUUUUAAGAAAACACCCCCGAAGGACCUGGGCUUGGCCAAAGAUGUUAGAGAUAUUUGCCGAAAACAACGAAAACUUUUGAAAAUUUCUGAUCCCCAACCGGAAAGAUCGAUCCUAAAAGAACAUAGUGGAGUUUGUAUCGAGCCGAGAAGAGUCAAAAUUGCCAAUGAGGCUACGGAGAUUCCAAUUUCUGCCCAGGGCAAUCCAAAGCUAUUGGUAAGGUCAAAAAAUUUAGGGAAAAUUUUAAAAUAAUGAUUUUUUGUGAAAAGGUCCUUAAAAUCAGAAAUUGAAAAAGUUUUUUUAGUAUUGUGUUCUAGUGCUAUUUUUAGGUAUCAGUAUCAAGAUAUUUUAGCAAAAAGUUUUUAGUACUAUUUUCAAAAACUACUUUUAGACAUCAGUACCGAAAUUAAAAAAAAAUUUUGAUUUAUGACCAAUUUAUUAGGUUGUUCACAUAAUUCUGCGCCCCCUUACCCCGCAAAUUUGCUUUGGGAGGGGGCGCAGAAUUAAGUGACCAACCUAAUAUUAUUAUCUAAAGCAACAGCACUAAAAGUUAAGCAAAAAUUUGUAGUAUUAUUCUCAAGUACCACUUUCAGGCAUCAGUACCACCGAAUGCGACCGAAUCUUUGUUGUCCAAACUCAAAGUUUCUUCACCAGAUCGAUCGGGGGAAAGAGUCCAAAAGACGGAUAAUUCGAGUGAUUCUCAAGUACCAAACAGUCCCAGUAAUACCAGUCAACAAGACAUGAAACGAAGUCGAAGUUUUCGUUCUAUCGGAAGAAAUCGUUAA